AUGCUGAAUCCCGUGGGCUGGACAAGUUUCAGAGAAAAAAACCACCAACCUUCAAAGGAAGGUAUGAAGGUUCUUUAUGGUACUCACAUGCUGUCAGAGGAAGUAGAGUACUGGUGGGAUAAUGAUAGACAGAGAUUUGAGGCUAAUGGCAUUGCGCUAACUUGGGCUAUUUUUAGGGACGCAUUCUUGGAAAAAUAUUUCCCAGCUGAUGUACGUAGCAAAAAGGAGAUUGAAUUCCUUAAAUUUAAGCAAGGGAAUAUGAUUCUUGCAGAUUAUGCUGCUAAGUUUGAGGAAUUGUCUAGGUUCUUCCCUCACUAUAAUAUGUGUCGUAUAUAUGAUGAAGACAGUCGUGCUAGAUUUGCUCACUACAAGAGUGUUAGUGAGAAGAAGAAUGGAAACCAGAGUCGUGGCAAGCCGUAUGUGACUCCAGUUGCUAAGGAGGAUCAUAAGACUCAUCAGAACACUACAAGUGGGGGAGGUGAUCAUACUCCUAUUAAGAGUUUCAAGUGUGAAAAGUUAGGCCAUCGUGCUUUAGAGUGUACUGCUAUGAAGUGUUACAAGUGUGGGAAACAGGGACAUCGUGCUAAUGAAUGCAAGGGUGCAGUUGUGACAUGUUUAAAUUAUGGAGAGCAAGGUCAUAUUCGUACUCAGUGCUAG